AAAAUUCAUCUCAUUUUCAAUUACACAUUUGCAUUCGUAUACGGCAUACAACAAACGACAGCCUUCAUUUAGUCGCAAUGUCGCAGAAUAAAGGUGCGAAAGGAGGCGCCUCUGCAAAAGGAAAGAAAUCUGGAAAGCCUGGAACGGAAGAUAAGAGAGAAGAUGUUCUUCAAGCAGUGCUCAUAGCAGAUUCCUUCCAGACUAGAUUUCACCCUUUCUCGAUAGAGAAACCAAGAUGCCUUCUUCCCCUUGCGAACACACCUCUCAUCGAAUACUCACUCGAAUUCCUUGCCAUGAACGGUGUACAAGAAGUCUUCAUAUACUGUGGCAACCAUCACGAACAGAUAGAGAGAUACAUCAACUCCUCAAGAUGGUGUCCUGGCUUAAGAUCGUGCCCGUUUACAACCCUCGAAUUCAUACGCGUCGCCGAUGCUAGAUCUAUAGGCGAUUUCCUUCGAGAUUUGGACAAGCGCAAUAUUAUUGGAGGAGAUUUUGUAUUGGUACAUGGAGAUUUGGUCGCUAAUAUUCCCCUCGACGGAAUUCUGGCAGCGCACAGAGCCCGUCGAGAAGCGAACCGAGACUCGUGUAUGACCGUGGUGCUCCGAGAAGCUGGUGAAGGUGAACACAAUACUAAGACAAAAGGAAUAACACCGGCCUUCAUUAUCGACCCGAAAGCUAAGAGAUGCCUACACUACGAGGAGAUACACCCAUUGCAAGCCGAUCAUUACGUUACACUUGACCCGACCGUACUCGAGAACCGCGAAGCCGAAGCCCGGACCGAUUUAAUCGAUGCUGAGAUUGACAUAUGUACGCCCGAUGUUCUCGCCCUAUGGUCCGAGAGUUUCGACUACGAGCUCCCACGCGCAAAUUUCUUGCAUGGAGUAUUAAAAGACUGGGAGCUGAAUGGGAAGAUGAUUCACACCGAAAUCGUCAACGAAGGUUACAGCGCACGCGUCAGAAAUCUCCAGAUGUAUGAUGCUAUUAGUCGGGAUGUACUAAACGGCUGGACAUAUCCCUUCGUACCUGAAUGCAAUCUCUUAACAGGACAGACUUAUCAGCUACGGGGAAUUAAUGUGUAUAGGGAGGACGAUGUCGAGGUUGAAGGGGACAGCGAAGUCGUCCAUGCGAUCCUCGGGAAAGACACCCACGUCGGAGCUGGCAGCACAAUAAGAAACAGCGUCAUUGGCCGAAAUUGCAAAAUUGGUAGCAAUGUACGCAUUGUUGACAGCUUUAUAUGGGAUGACGCUAUAAUUAAUGAUGGUGCUGUGGUGGAGCAUGCUAUUAUUGCGGAGAGGGCGGCGGUAGGCAAAGAGGCCUAUGUUCACGAAGGUGCUCUUGUAUCGUUUGGAGUCCAUUUGGGCAACCUAACGGAUGUUGAGCCUGGUACGAUGCUAUCCCUUUUCACGGGAUCCGGAAAACCUGCAUCAGCACAGUCUAAGUUCGUUGGCUCUGAAGGCAAGGGCGCACUAUUCCAGAGCCCCGAAGAUGACGAAGAGGAUCCCGACGGCCCAUCGCACCUACAAAAGUCACUUAUAUACUCCCUCGAGGAACUUGAUUUCUCCGACUCAUCCGUCUCAACGCUUGGAGAUGACGAUGACUUGUCUGAUGAUGAUUCAGGACGGGCAUCAGCAACCCCUAGCCAACUUAACUCGAGAUCGCGACUCUCUUCAUUUGCCUCAGAUGAUUCCGGUGGCCCCAACUUCUAUUCUUUCCAUUCAGAUGCAGUUCAUGGGUUGUUAGAUGUUCUCCGUGGCACUUCGGGCAACUUCGAAUCCGAGAAACUUGAGUUUAUGUCAUUACGACUGGCCAACAAUGCAUCUGAUGCUGCGAUGAGAAAGGCUGUUGCGACAGCCUUCGUUAGGCGCGCUGUCGAACUAACGAAUGCAGAGAACGGUGCACUGGAGCCCUCAAAGGCCGCUAAGCAGGUGCUCACGUCACGAGAAGGCGCAAUAGAGUUCAUAUCGGAAGUUGGUGUCGGCGACCAGUCCGUGACGGAACAACUAGAAUUCGCGUUGGCAGUACAUAAAGCAUGCGCUAGCAGCGCGAAGAUAAUUGAAGCCACUAAGGCUGGAAAUCUCCUAGCUGCUAUGCUGCAGCAGAUGUACGAUCUCGAGAUCCUGGACGAAGACGGAAUCUUGGGCUGGUGGGAAGACGACAGGGGUAAGGAAGAGGGCCUGAUAGCGGGCGUACGGGAAAAGUGCAAAAUGCUUGUCGAAUGGCUGGAGAAUGCCGAUGAAGAGAGUGAAGAGGAAGGCGAUGACGACGAGUGAUUCGGCGUAUAGGGAUACACAAAACAAAAUCUGACUGGCGUUCUCCGAGAUUUCGGUUCAGCGUUCUCGCCUGGGAAGUAGGCUCUGGUUUGGGACUAAAAUGACGACGGGCUUGAUAGGGACGAUGGUCUCUAAAGAAUAGGAUAGGCCUAUAGCAAACCCUUUAUGAUGGGGUAGAUGUUCAACCUGAUUUCUAGCUUGAACUAGAGGAAGAUGAAAUACCAAGAUAGUCUGAAGGCCCGUCUAUUCCGCUUGUGUCUAUACAAAUAGGAUGAUAUGGGGUGGAUAUAGAAUCGCUGCCUACCUAUACAUGGGAAAAGAGGUAUUAUAUACAUAAUUAACAUCAACGCCCA